CUCUCUCUCUCUCUUUCGUUCCUUCCUUUUCACACUUGUUUAAUUCUUGUCUUUCAAAAACAAACGCAAAAAGGAGGAAAAAAAUAGAGUACAUCACUCAUCUCUAUUUAUAAUACUCCCUUCCCCUCUCUCAAUUAGCCCACAGCUUCUUCCCAUGCACUUGUCCCCCUCUUCCUUCCUUCCAACUCCCUUCUUCUAGCUUCCUUCCUUCCUUCCUUACUUCAUCUCUCUCUUUCUCUUUCUCUGCAUUACUCAGAAAACCCACAAAACAAAACAAAACAGCUAACACAAUGUCGAGCAGAAGAUCGUCGAGGUCGAGACACGGCCAGUCGGCGAGGAGCAGCAGCAGCAUCAUCUCCGACGACCAAAUCAUCGACCUCGUCUCCAAGCUCCAGCGCCUCGUCCCCGAAGCCCGCUCCACCACCUCCUCCCGCCGAUCCCGCGACAAGCAGGGUUCGGCUUCGAAUGUGCUGCAAGAGACGUGCAGCUACAUAAGGGAGCUGCACAGGGAGGUGGACGAUCUCAGCGAGAGGCUGUCGGAGCUGCUCGCCUCCACCGAUUCCGACAGCGCCCAGGCCGCCAUUAUCAGGAGCUUGCUCAUGCACCAGUAGCGCAGUACAACUGCUCGAUCGUCAGCACCUGAUAAUUAAUUAAUUAUUAGCAGCUAAUUAAUGAUUAUCGCAUAAUAUUAAUGUGAUGUGAUCACGCCCACCACUUUAUUAACCAUAUAUAGCUACUUAUUAAGGUUUCCACCACUCUGUAGGAACCCUUUUUUUUUUUCUUUUCCUGUUUUUACUAUGUUUUACGUACGUGGUCACACACAUAUUACAUAUAUGUAUGUAUGUAGGCCAUCUUGACGAAGAUAUUAAGUGCCGGGCCUUUUUCUUAGUUUGACAAUGAGGAAAUCAAAGUGAAAGUAGCUAGGCUCUUACCUGUGUGUAACUCUUUUGCCUGGCUUUUUUACUAUGUAUUCGUAGCCCUACGGUAUAUAAAUGUUUUUUUUU